UUCAUACGCAACAUAAAAAAUAAUUAUACAUCUUUUAAAUAAAAAUAUCUAUAAAUAUAUGAAUUAAAAAUAAAAUUAUUAAAACAAAAAACAUAAGAAGAAAAAAAGGAGACGACCAAGAUUACUCAAGCAGGCAUAGUAUUGUAGCUGUAAACGAUAAACUGUAUUUGCUGGGUCGUCGGCACUCGUCAGCCCGGAUAAAUAACUAUGAACACGCUGUUACUCCCUCCGCCACACCUCCACCUCCGCUCCCACAUCCCCCGCGCGUCGCCCUUCCCCAGCCACCGCCACUGCCGCCACCUCCUUCCCUCCGCCUCCUCCCACCAUGACUUCACCCUCCCGGCCGCCGUCAACGGACACGAGCAGGAUCCCUACGACGUCGCUCGGCUCCCCAACCCCUACUACGACUUCGCACCGCUCCUCGAUUUCCUCUCCACCCGCUACAAACCACCCCACCCGGCCCGGCCGGACCCGCCCACCGCCCUCGACCCGUCGGAGCUCAGCCUCGCCGAGUCCUACUGCGCCGUCCCGGCCCCCCUCUGGCACUCCCUCAUCAAAGCCCUAUCCUCCUCGCCGUCCUCCUUCUCCACCGCCUUCGCCCUAGUCACCUGGCUCCAGCGCCACAACCUCUGCUUCUCGUACGAGCUGCUCUACGCCAUCCUUAUCCACGCCCUAGGCCGAAGCGAGAAAUUGUACGAAGCCUUUCUGCUAUCUCAGCGCCAGAGCCUGACUCCGCUAACCUACAAUGCCCUAAUUGGGGCCUGCGCCAGGAACGACGACCUCGAGAAGGCACUGAGUCUAUUGGAGAGGAUGCGCCGGGACGGGUACCAAUCCGAUUUCUUCAAUUACAGCCUAAUUAUUCAGUCCCUGAUGCGAAACAGCACCAUAGACGUCUCCAUACUCGAUAAAUUGUACGGCGAGAUGGAGUCCAGCAGGAUCGAAUUAGACACUAAGUUGUUUAAUGAUAUAAUCUUAGGGUUUGCCAAAGCCGGUGACAUUGAUCGGUCCAUGUACUUUCUAGGAAUGAUGCAGGGGAAAGGGCUGAGCCCGAAAACGAGCACGGUUGUGGCCGUUGUAAAGGAGCUUGGGAAUUCGGGCAGGGUCGACGAGGCAGAGGCCAUUUUUGAAGAAUUAAAGGAAGGCGGGCUAGAACCCAGGACCAGUGCCUAUAAUGCCCUCCUGAGAGGGUAUGUGAAAAUUGGGGCCCUGAAGGACGCUGAGUACAUUGUGUCCGAAAUGGAAAAAAGUGGUGUUUUGGCAGACGAGCACACAUACAGCUUGCUAAUUGACGCGUAUGGUAAUGCCGGGAGAUGGGAGAGUGCAAGAAUCGUCUUGAAGGAAAUGGAAACAAACAAUGUAAAACCCAACUCGUUCGUUUUUACUAGGAUUUUGGCUAGCUACAGGGACAGAGGCGAGUGGCAGAGGUCGUUCCAGGUCCUCAAGGAGAUGAAGAGCUGCGGGAUUAAGCCCGACCGCCAGUUCUAUAAUGUGAUGUUAGAUACAUUUGGGAAAUAUAAUUGCCUAGACCACAUGAUGGCCGCUUUCGAGAGGAUGAAGGAGGAGGGGGUCAAGCCAAACACGGUGACUUGGAACACGCUUAUAGACUGCCAUUGUAAGCAGGGGCAUCACGAUAAGGCGGAGAACUUGUUUGAGGAGAUGCAGGAAAAUGGAUGUUUGCCUUGCACGACAACUUAUAAUAUUAUGAUUAACUCGUUUGGUAGGCAAGAGAGGUGGGAUGACUUGAAGGGGUUGUUGGGAAAGAUGAAGGGGCAGGGUUUGCUGCCAAAUGCGGUGACUUACACGACGCUUGUGAAUAUUUACGGGCAGUCGGGGAGGUUUAAUAAAGCAAUGGAGUGCUUGGAGGAGAUGAGAUCAGCUGGGCUGAGGCCCUCAUCGACAAUGUAUAAUGCGCUGAUCAAUGCAUACGCGCAGAGGGGAUUAUCUGAGCGAGCCGUAAAUGCAUUCAGAGUAAUGAGAGGCGAUGGUUUAAAACCCAGUCUUCAUGCUCUUAAUUCGCUGAUUAAUGCUUUUGGAGAGGACAGAAGAGAUUUGGAAGCUUUUGCUGUGUUGCGGUACAUGAAGGACAAUGACUUGAAACCUGAUGUCAUUACUUAUACCACACUAAUGAAAGUGUUAAUUCGCGUGGAGAAAUUUGAAAAGGUCCCAGCCGUUUAUGAAGAAAUGCUUGCAUCUGGAUGUACCCCAGACAGAAAAGCAAGAGCAAUACUGAGGUCUGCUCUAAAGUACAUGAAGUCUACACUAAAACGGUAGCUGGUUCCUUUCUGUCAUAUGGAAAAGUGAAUGAUGGUGUCAAUUGCAAGCUGAAGUAUUUACCAUUUCUUCCAGGUUGUUUCAAGACAUGAUCUUGAACCAUAGACUUUCGUGACGGCACAAAUGCCUGGGCAGGAUGUUAAACUUCCUCUCCAUAUUUGCCAAGGAAUUUCAAAUAUAGAAUAGGGGAUUACUUCUGUUGAUUUGAUUUGUUGACGUUUGAAACGAGCAAGUCUGUCAGGAUCUUAUCAACACUCAACAGUUCACUUUAUGUUUCACGAAGCUUCAACAAAGGAGAAAGGGGAAAAAACGACCAUUCCAUUUGAAGAUAUCAAUAAUUUCUCAUUCAAGGUAAUUGCUUUUCCAAUGCUUAUGCAGUAGAUCACGAAUCAAAUCUCAUGUAUCUGCUGUUACAAUAAUCAACAGUAGACCGUGUAUACAGACAAGAUUUUCAUUUUCAUUUCAUACCUCAACCAAACAAAAAUGUAUAUCAUUAGAGAAUAAUAAUAUACACUUACCCAAAACCCCCCAAAAAAAAGACAAAUCUCCCGUCCCUAGCAAAACUUAUAGAAAUAAUCCAAAUUUUGUGAAACCAAAAAAAAAAAAAGGUAAAA